AUGGCUGUGAUGAGACGCAAUAGUUUUACAUGGAGAUUAGGAGCUGUUGGAGACUUGAAAUUCCUCGGCACUGCAUUGGAGACUGAUACAAACGGAUCCAUCGCUUAUUGGUGCAGAAAUCUAUCUUUUUAUCCUAAUUCCGUCCUUUUUCAGACGAAAGUCUGCUCCUUUUCUUCCAACGGCUUAUCCAUAUCCUCCGUAAAGACCAAAACUCUUUAUGGGACUUGGAAACUCAAGUCUGCUGAAGAAGGAGAAACAGCUGUUUCCCAACAAGAGGAACCUGCUGUUGCUGAGCAACAAGACUCGGUUUCUGUUCCUGUCUCUCCUUCAGACACUUUCAGAAUGCAUUUCCAGGCAGAUGGAAUGUUGAAUGAAGCUGAAAUUCCAAAGGUGACCACGGCACUAGAGGGAGCUGAUGGUAUCUCGAACUUGAAGGUUCAAGUCCUUGAGGGUAUCGACACUGUUGAGUUAAUGAAACAGACAACGGUCCAAGCUACUGGAGUGGCAUCCAAUUUGGUCGAACUCAUACAGGGUACAGGAUUCAAGUUACAAACAUUGAACCUGAGUUUCGACGAUGAAGAAGACAUUCUUGUGUAGUUAUCGUAUUUAGAUUUUGAAAAAAACUUGUCUUUGAAGUCCUCGGUUCCUUUAUUUUGAUUCAACUAUUCAAGAAUGGUGGUUAAACGUGAAAAGCUGAUAUUCUUGAUGGAGAAAAAUUGUUCAAAAUGA